GAAGUCUGGCAGUAAAAACAGAGAGAGAGAGGGAGAGAGGGAGAGAGAGAGAGAGAAUAUAUAUAUAUGUGUGUAUGUGUGUGUAAACACUUCAAAUAUAACCAAACGAUGUUCCUGGGAAAAAGGCGAGACAUGCCAACAUGAGCUCCUCGGAAAAAUCCUGCCGAAAGGCACGGCGUCAAAAUAUCCCAAAACAGCACGCGACCUACUCUGAUCCCCCUUCCAAAGCUCGAGCUGUCCAUUCUGCAGGAGCCGAGAAGAAAACAAGAGGAAAAGGAGCGAGAGCUGUUGCACGGCAUCCUGACCCCAAACCCUCACCUGUCUCACACUCGCCCACACUUCAAACAGCAGCGACAAAUGGAUACUUGCCUCAAAACACCGCCACACGUUCUUCAAAAAACGCUCCGAAAGGAAGGAAAAAGAAAACUGAAAGAUCAGACUUCACCCCUGAUGAGAGAUCAGAUCGUUUUCCUGAUUCUGAUCCGACACGGACUGAGCAGCAAAAAGGCAGAAUAACACCACCAUGCAGUCAGGGAUCGAAAAAAAGAACUGCUAAAGAAACCUCAACACACGCGACACUAUUAUGUCUGAGUAAUCGGCAGGACACGCCCGAAUCCGAUUUGGGUGCGAGAACGCCAGGGCGUGGCCGAGGGCGCCGACCCAAUCCCCGCCUCAGCCCUGCUCCACAGUGCAGCGGGACGCUGCUGAGCGAGCCACAGAUCAACCCUGUGACGAAAACAUUGCCAAAAAAGAGGCGGCGAUGUCAGAAUCCUGAAGCUGAGCAGAGGAAGAGGACGAGGAAGAAGGCGGAACAGGAAGCGUGUGACACACCGCCAGUCAAACGUCAAAGAAAGAAGCGCUUGCCGAAGGCGGAGAUUCCCCAGAGCCAGCGAAUCAGAACGCGCUUUGUGCCGCAGGAUUCUGAGCACCAUGAGCCGGAAGAGACGUUCUCCUCCUCAGACCUGUCCAUCGAGCUGAGUCUACAGGAGGACAAGUUGUCUGUCACACACUCCCUCUCCCUGGAGGACGAGGAGGACGAGGAGGAUGAAGAGCUGCCCAGUUUCUUACAGCAGAUCAAGCAGAAACCUUCAUCAAUCAGAGAGGGGCUGUGUGUGUGGUGUAAACUGAGGAAAUACCCCUUCUGGCCAGCCAUGGUGAAGAGUGUGAACCGUAAGGCAAAGAAGGCCAGCAUUGUGUUUAUUGACCAGUUUCUCUUUGAUAAGAAGAGGAUAUGUAAAGGUUUAUCAGUGUCUCUGAGGACGCUGAAGCCAUUUGACUGUGAGGAGUCUCGCCGCUUUGUGGACAUAGCCAAAGAGAAGUAUGGUAAAUCCAUCAUGUGGUGUCUGGACCUCAUCUCUGACUACAGGAUCCGCAUCGGUUGUGGCUCAUUUGUUGGCUCGAUCAUUGAAUACAUCGCUAAUGAUAUCAGUUACCCGUUGAGGAGUGAAUAUUUGAAGGCUUCUUCAGAUCUGCUGUCUCCCACUCAGAGUCUGAUUGAGCAGCAGGAUGAAGACGCUGAGCUUCAGGACCUUGAGGAACACCCUGACCUCCUUCAGGACGUCCACAUGGAGAAGAAAGUCCUCCCCGACCGCACGCAGGCCGCCAGGAACCGCGCCAACCAGAGACUGGUGGACUUCAUUGUCAAGAAACGAGGAGCGCAGAACCGCUUACUGGCGGUGAUCAGUGGUCAGGAGGCGUCCAGGUGGCUGCAGGCUCUGCACAGCUCCAGCCGCUUGGUGGUGGGACAGUUGUACCUGGAGGACGAUGAGCAGGUGAAUGAAGUGUACCGCUACCUGGAGGAGCUGUGUGAGAGCACCGCUAAAGCUAACCCGGGUCUGGAGAACUCUGGGACUGGGAAUUGGAGAAGCGGAUCAAACCGGAUCCGCUUCAUCCUAGACGUCCUCUUCCCUGAGGCUUUGAUUUGUGCGAUUGCUGCAGUGGAUUGUGUCUCCCUGGACAAAGCGGAGGAGAAAUAUCACCAAGGACCUCGCCAUAGUAAUAGAGAAAGACAGGAGUUUGACCUGAUGAUUGAGCAGCAGAUGAAACUGAAGGCAGAAGGAUGGUCGUGCUGAACACUGCUGUAUUUACAGCAUUGUUAAUUAUUAUUUUCACUCAGUAAUGUAAAACGCAUUUUUAAUAAAAUAAUCAUUAAGUCAUGUGACACUUUAUUUUACUUCUGCCUGCACUACAGUAUGAGCACCAUUUACAUCCACAUGU